CCCUCCCCGCGCGCUCGUCUCGGAGCGCAGCCGCAGCCCGCCGGCGAUCGAGAGAUGAUGCUGCUACGGCCGCGCUUCCUCUCCCCCUCCUCCCCCUCCCCCCGCCGCUCCCCUCCUCCCGACUCCUCCCGACUCCCCUCCUCUUCCUCCUCCUCCGCCCCUCCCCCGCGCGCCCGCCGCCGCCGCCGCCGCGCCCCCUCAUCGUCCCCGCCGCCGCAGCCGGACCUCCGCCGCCUCACCUCCCGCAUCGUCGACCUCACCCGCCGCAGGCAGCUCCCCCAGAUCAUGGACGAGGUGGGCGCGGCCAGGCGGCGCGCGGUCGACCGCGGGGCCGGGGCCGGGGCCGGGCUCAACACCAUCGUCAUGAACGCCGUGCUCGAGGCAUGCGUCCGCUGCGGCGACGUCGGCCUUGCGCUCAGCCUGUUCGACGAGAUGCGCGGCCCCGGUGGGUGCGGCGUCGACGGCGUCUCCUACGGCAUCCUGCUCAAGGGUCUGGGGAUAGCGAGAAGGAUAGAUGACGCAUUUGAGAUACUGGAGUCAAUUGAGAAAGAUACCUCUAUUGGGAGUCCCCGGCUCUCUCCUCAUCUUAUUUGUGGUUUUCUAAAUGCCCUUAUUGAAGCUGGAGAUAUGCGGCGUGCCAAUGCUCUUGUUGCCCGUUUUCGCCAAGUCCUUUAUGAAGGCCACUCCGUCUUACUAUACAACUUGCUGAUGAAGGGAUACAUAAAAAGCAACUUCCCUCUUGGAGCUUUGACUGUGAAAGAUGAGAUAUUACGUCAAGGUUUAAAGCCUGAUAGAUUGACCUACAACACCAUAAUUUCUGCCUGUGUAAAAUCAGCAGAAAUUGAUAUGGCUAUCCGAUUUCUGGAAGAUAUGAAGGAAGAAGCUAAAAGGGAUAAUAAUCCUGAACUCCUUCCAGAUGCUGUUACCUACACAACAUUACUUAAGGGUUUAGGAAAUAGCCAAGACCUUUAUUCAGUUUUGAAGAUUGUGGUGGAGAUGAAAUCUGCACCUAUUUCUAUUGACCGGACGGCAUACACAGCAAUGGUAGAUGCCUUGCUAGCCUGUGGGUCUAUUAACGGGGCUCUUUGCAUUUUUGGUGAGAUAAUAAAGCAGGCUGGCAACAACAAAGACUUGAGACCCAAACCUCAUCUUUAUCUUUCAAUUAUGAGAGCUUUUGCUACCAUAGGUGAUUUAGAUAUGGUCAAGAGACUGAACAAACGCAUGUGGCCAGAUUCAGUUGGAUCAAUUAGCCGUUCGGCAAAAGAAGAGGCAGAUGAACUACUAAUGGAAGCUGCCCUCAAUAAUAAUCAGAUUGACAUGGCUAGAGGACUUCUAAGAAGAAUACUGAAUGAGAAGGAAUGUUUCUCUUGGACAAGUAGAGUAGGCAUGGUGGCAGUUAAAGUUGAAACCCUGUCUGGAUUCACCAACUCUCUUCUUAGACCUCAUGUUUUUCCACAGAUUGUCUUGAAUGAUCCUGUUGAGAAGUAUAUGAUUCCAUUUCAAGAAACCCAGCCAUUGCAUGCUGACUUAAUCUUGGAGGAGGUUGUCAUGCGAUUCUUCAAGGAUCCUGUAGUUCCUAUUGUUGAUGACUGGGGAAGCUGCGUGGGUAUUGUUCACCGACAGGAUUGUACCAAGAUCGAUGCGCCUCUUCUAUCAAUGUCGAGAGGACCACCGCUAUGUGUUCCUACGUCCACCUCUGUCGAGCAUGUCAUAGAUCUCCUCCUCAGAGAAAAAUCUGAAAUGGUGGUCGUGGUGAAAAGAGGCAACAUGUACGAAGGCAGUUACGCAUCCAGCUCGCGCCCGUUGGGAGUUUUCUCCCUCGCAAUCUUGUGGAAGUUCACCGCUGACGCGACAGACAUCGAUGGCAUGGACGCAGCGCACCAGCUCCAGCAGGAUGUGGAAGCCAGCAAUUGUGGCUGAGUGCAUUGCUAGUUUUUUCUGUGACUCCACAUCUGUGAUUGGCUGGGUGAAAAGUCUUGGGCUAAUGAAUGGCUUUGCUCGAAGCGCAGUGAAUUGGUUUUGCUCUGCCCAUAUGUGUCCAUUGGGCCAUAGCAUAAAGCGUUGUCAUCGACGAACUGUAGUGAUUCUGACCCCAUUGACAGAUGUAGUUUGAUGUACUACACAUCAAAGUGGGCUACUACGUGUGUUGGGAUUGUGGAUUGUGAGCCAAUGGCACAGCUAGUUUGGGAACCAAGAUGCCGGCCAAGUGGCCAUGGUCCUAUCUUGUUCUGCUCGCAUCCCGGGGUAGUCCAUGUCUCCCAACCAAUGGGGGAAGACCUCACCUGCCACCCCUUCGUCCUUCUCCGGGGGACCAAAACCUUUUGCAACUGUGGGCGAAAACCGGCUCCAGAAGUCCCAGAGGUGAAUGGUCUCUGCGACUACUGUAUGUUGAAAUGCUUUUUUCGACGGAUGCAGCUGCAUUUGUAAUAACACCCCAUCUUUAUUCGGUCGGUACUCUUCCUGCAUAACUGAAUAA